UCGCACAGCUUUCUGAAACAACAGAGAUUGUUUUUCAGCUAUUUGAAACGGUAACAUGGGCAUAUUAUUUCUCAUCUUGCCCCUGGUCUUGCUCUCAGUUCAGUUGUCCUGGGCUCAGGAAGACCCUCUUCUUCCUUUCUCAGAAGUUCUGGACCCCGACCUCAAAGUGCGUCUGAAGUGGGGAUUUGAUGAGAUCCAGGGCACCAUCUUAUUUGAGCUCAGCGUCACCACCAGCGGCUGGAUCGGUUUUGGCUUCAGUCCCAAAGGAGGAAUGACUGGAGCUGAUAUUGUCAUUGGAGGAGUUGGGCCAGAAGGCACUUAUUUUACGGACCAACAUGCUGAGGGGAAUUCCAUGCCUCUGGUGGACCUGCAACAGAACUACAAACUCCUGUCUCUAACCGAGUCCAACGGGACAACAGUCAUGAAGUUUCAGAGGUCCAUUGAGGCCUGUGAUGAAAAUGAUUUUCCCAUCACUACUCUUCCCAUCAAGCUGAUCUAUGCGUACGGACAGACAGAUGACAUCGCAUACCACGGCACCACCCAAAGGGGCACGAAGGAGUUGAACAUGUUGAGGUACAUGCCUCGGGUCACCCCUCCAAACAGCAAGUAUUUCAACAUGACUAUGGUCAAUUUCACAGUACCAUCUCGCGAGACCUACUAUCACUGCAAGAUCAUGAAAGCCCCAACCUUUAAUCAGAAACAGCACAUUUAUCGGAUUGAGCCGCUUAUUGAAAACUUUGACCUAGUGCAUCACCUGCUGCUGUACCGCUGCCCCCCAAGUGUGAAGGAGCCAUCUGAAACCGAAUGUUACACAACGGGGAGUGAACAGUGUAUGGAGGUCGUUGCUGUGUGGGGAGUUGGAGGAGGGGCUUUUGAAUUCCCUGAGGUGGCAGGACUUCCGAUUGGUGCAAAUGCUAUUGAUUUUUUCUAUAGGCUUGAAGUGCAUUACAACAAUCCAAGUACAACUGCAGGUCGAGUUGAUAACUCAGGUCUACGGUUCUAUUAUACUUCUGAACUCCGUCAGCAUGAUGCAGCUGUUCUCAUGACAGGGCUUGGGGUGUACCCUGGGUACGCCAUCCCACCCAACGCCAAGUCUUUCCUCACAUAUGGCCUGUGUGACACUGCUUAUAUUCCAAGGGUUCUAUCUGAGACUCCACAGGAUCUUCAGGUGUUCUCUGUAAUGCUGCAUACACACUUAGCUGGACGGAAGGUGCGAGUCGGACAAUUCAGACAGGGAAAACAGAUUGAUCUCCUAGCUGCAGAUGAAAACUAUGAUUUUGAAUUCCAGGAAGUGGUAAACUUGGGUAAAACUAAGACAGUGAAGUUGGGUGACAAAUUGUUGGUGGAGUGUACCUAUAAUACUGAAAGUCGCACCACACCAACAUGGGGGGGGCUCUCAACUUUGAAUGAGAUGUGCUUGGCGUUCCUCUAUUACUAUCCAGCUAUGAGUUUGAGCGUUUGUGAGAGCUUCCCUGAUCAUGAUGCCUUAAAAGCUGAGAUGGGGACAACAAAUACUAGUGACUGGGUCUUCAUGAUGUACACGAAGACUUGGAAUGACACAACCAUCAAUCAGUACCAACAAACAUUGAAAAGAAUCAACCAAUUUGUCAUAGUUGCUGACUCCUCUAAAAACAAGACAGCAUUUAGCAUAGGGGCAAUUCCUGAUCUUAAAGUCAUCACGCCUGCACCCUGCAAUAGUGGUCGUGCCACCAAAUGUCUUGCUUGGAUAUCACUGCUUCUCUGCUUAGCUUUGCAACUGGCUUACUAAUACAAAUUUCAUGAGAAAUACUGUAUUAACAUAUUUUUGUCUUGUUUUCCAGUAAAAAAAAAGUCUAAAUCCUUGAAACAAGAAAGUUACAUGAGAAGCAAUACUGCAUAAUAUAUAUAUUUAGACUUGUUUUCAGAGAAUGUUUCUAUAAAAUAAGUGCAUUUUGUCUCGCUGCAAUGGCACUUUUUUUUCUUCCUUAUACUUAACCCUUAAAUGCAUAGUGACCCAGGACAUAAUUCCACCACCUUUACCCCACCAUGCAUAACUUUUAUUUUUAAAGUUGUUCCCCCACCUCUUAUUCCUAAAACUUUCUCUAAUGAACAGUGUAACCAUAAUAAAAUCCCAAAAUAAAAAUACAAAAUUGAA